GAACCGAGGUGAGGCGAGCAAAGCCGGCAUGUCGAUCAAGACGAGCUCAACAAACCACCUCCUAUAAAUCCUGCGGCGGCGCCAUAAUUUCUUCUCACCCGGUGAUCAGAGGCGAGAUCGAUCGAGCCAUGGCCACCACCGUGAACCCUGACCCGGAAGCGGCGGUCGCCGGCAAGGAGCCGAGGGGGCCAAGGUCCCUGCUCGCGCGCGCGCGGGACAACCUGGCGUUCCGGUCGGUGUGGCCGGAGCUCAACGGCGCCAUGGGCGACCUGGGCACCUACAUCCCCAUCGUGCUGUCGCUGGCGCUGGCGCGCCACCUCGACCUCGGCACCACCCUCAUCUUCACCGGCGCCUACAACGCCGUCACCGGCCUCAUCUACGGCGUGCCCAUGCCCGUGCAGCCCAUGAAGGCCAUCGCCGCCACCGCGCUCUCGGACCCCUCGUUCGGCAUCCCCGAGGUCAUGGCCGCCGGCAUCCUCACCGCCGCAUUCGUCCUCUUCCUCGGCGUCACGCGGCUCAUGCAGCUCGUCUACUGGUUCGUCCCGCUCCCCGUCGUGCGCGGCAUCCAGCUCGCGCAGGGGCUCAACUUCGCCAUGGUGGCGGUCAAGUACAUCCGCUACGAGCAGGAUCUCGGCAAGGGCAAGUCCACGGGCCGCCGCCCCUGGACCGGCCUUGACGGCCUCAUCCUGGCCAUCGCAGCCAUCUGCUUCAUCCUCCUCGUCAACGGCGCGGGAUCCGAGAGGAGCAGAAACAGCAACAGGACCGAACAAGAUCAAGGCCAUGGCCAAGGAGGAGACAGAGACACCCAAGAAGAAGGGCGCCAAGAAGAAGAGACGGAAGGCCGCUGGCGCUCAAUGAUCAGGGGCGCGGCGCCGGCGAUACCGUCCGCGGUGAUCGUGUUCGUGGUGGGCGUGGCGUUCGCCGUGGCGCGUCACCCGGCGGCGGUACGGGAGCUGCGCGCGGGCCCGUCGCGGAUGCGCGUGGUGCGCAUCCCGCGGGAGGCGUGGAAGCAGGGCUUCCUCAAGGGCGCCGUGCCGCAGAUCCCGCUGUCGGUGCUCAACUCCGUGGUGGCGGUGUGCAAGCUGACGCGCGACCUGUUCCCGGAGAAGGAGGCAUCGGCCACGUCAGUGUCGGUGACGAUGGGCGCCAUGAACCUGGUGGGGUGCUGGUUCGGCGCCAUGCCGUGCUGCCACGGCGCGGGCGGGCUGGCGGGGCAGUACAAGUUCGGCGGGCGCAGCGGCGGGUGCGUGGCGGCGCUGGGCGCGCUGAAGCUGGCGCUGGGGCUGGCCCUGGGCGGCUCCAUGCUGCGCGUGCUGGUGGAGUUCCCCGUGGGGCUCCUCGGCGUGCUGCUGCUCUUCGCCGGCGUCGAGCUCGCCGUCGCGGCCAGGGACAUGUCCUCCAAGGCGGAGGCGUUCGUCAUGCUGCUCUGCACCGCCGUGUCGCUCGUGGGCUCCAGCGCCGCGCUGGGCUUCCUCUGCGGCAUGGUCGCGCACGGCCUGCUCAUGCUCAGGGCCUGGGCGAUGGGGGUCAGCCGGUCAGGCUGAGGUAGUCAAGCAGCUAGCGCCAUCGAUCGAUCCCCAUUCAGGAUCAGGUCGUGUGUUUGUAAAUUGUGAAUUGCUACUAUGAUUGCGAGUGAUUCUGUGUGCAUACGGUCCCAAGUCGGAAGUCACUUCCAUGGCUGACUGGGCAAAUUUCAUCCUCAACAAUGUUAUCAAUACAACUCGUCAGUACCAGCCAUCCCGGUUCCAUGGCUGAAUGAACAAGUGUUCUUCCA